UCUUCACUCAACCCCUAAUUGUCUAUAGUCCAAACAUGACACACAAAUUGUAGAGUUCUUCGCAUACACGAGGAAGCUUCCAAGAAUCCCCACUCCAACCUUAUGUCUAUAUAUAUCUCAUAUCUCUGAAACCCACUUGCCGUGUCUUCUAAAAAUCACUCAAGACACUCUCAAAUCUUCUCAUUCUCCAUAUUAUCUUUUAUCUUUUUGGAAGAUGGAAGCAUUAAAUCGUUCUCCAUCAGUUAGUUCUUCUUCUACAGAUUCAGAGUCAUCUGAAUCUUUAAUUUAUGGGAACAAAACUUCAGGGAAUUUGCACAUUUCAGAAAGAAUUAGAGGUCCAUGGAGUGCCGAAGAGGACAAUAUCCUGACCCGACUGGUGGACCAAUACGGGGCACGUAAUUGGUCCUUGAUAAGCAAAUACAUAAAGGGACGAUCUGGAAAGUCGUGCAGACUCCGGUGGUGCAACCAGCUCAGCCCAAACGUUGAGCGCCGUCCCUUUACGGCGGAAGAAGAUGAGACCAUUUUGGCUGCUCAUUCGAGGUACGGAAACAAAUGGGCUACCAUUGCUCGGUUGCUGCCUGGUCGAACCGACAAUGCUGUGAAAAACCAUUGGAACUCAACAUUAAAAAGAAAAUCUCUGCAAAAACAGAUUCAAGAACAGUCUAUGGAUUGUGUAAAAGAUAUUGCAUCUGGAUCUAAUAAUGGAAAACAUAAUCAGAUUAUUAAUAAUGCUGGGGUGUGUCCAAUGAGUAGUGGGUUUGAUGAUUAUAAUGAUCCUAUGACAGCAUUAACAUUGGCACCGCCGGGGACUGGUGGCGAUGGGAUGCCGGAGAUGCGGCCGGAGAGUUCUCAAGAUGGAUUUUGGGAUGCCAUGAGGAAUGUGAUAGCCAGGGAGGUGAGGGAGUACGUGAAUACGUCAUUUUCUAAAGCCUCCUCACAGUUCCAUUAGUAUAGUGAUUCUUUGUUGCGUAGAUAUACCAGCAGGUUGCGUGGUAGGAAGGAGAAGAGGAGAAGAUUUUAUUUUAUUUUAUUUUAUU